AUGGUUCAAGAUAUACCCGACAUAAUUGAGCAGAUGGCUCCUCUGGAGACACAAACGCGGUUAACAACGGCGAUGUCAUCUCUGGCCGCUUCUAUGGGAGAUCUUGCUACGGUCAAUGGUUCUCUGGAGCGUUUCAACGAGUCUAUGUCUGCUUUACUAUACGGAUUACGACUUAACGCUUACAGUGUAACCUUUCAGGAGUCACCUGAUCUCUUUGAUGAAACUGCAAAGAUCAAUACAAAUCUCAGACGUGAGAUCGACGCGUUGAAGGCGGAGGUGAACGCGUUAAGACAGGAGACUGUUCAGCCACGAUAUGCGCAGAGGUCGAGGAUUCCAGCGAGACAAUAUGGUGUUAGAAAGGUUUGA